AUGUCAAUGAGCACAAAUUCCUCUCCUCCCCCAGCAGUCUGGAUCACUAACAGCCCCCAGACGCUGUUGCGCUCACUGAAGGCGCCUUCUACCCCAUCAGUUCCAAGCACAAUGCGGAAUUGGCGCGGCUCGUGCGGCGUCCCGUUAUCAUGCCAGGUUUUGAGGCGCGUAAGCACUGCUGUUGGCAAAAGCAUCCGCGGUUCCAACGGCGUCGAGGAGGCACGUGAGCCUCGCUUUUACUUCCCACGCGCGGCGAUCUCGUUCCGCCUCGUUCUUAUCGGCGCGCUACUCUCUUCUCCCCCGCCCCCCGUCUCGCGAUCUCACUGCGGCGCUGCUCCGCUCCUCGCGUCGGCGCAAGGAAGCGACGCGUCGUUUCGGCUGAUCUCGUCGUUCUUUGUCGCGUGGUCUGAGGGUUACAACCUUGGCGGGAACUCCUCCCUCCCCCCUGCGAAAAUAACUCUCCCCCCGCGCGUCCCCGUUGCGCCGCACCUGGAGGACUGCGCGCGAGUGAGCGCGGAGCGGGAGGAGUGGGAGCGGAGAGGCUCGGGGGAUGAGGAACCCGCUUGGACCCGCGGAGCUUCAGGGAAGGGGGAUCCUUCCGCCCGCCCCGCGGGCUGCUCCGCGGGAGAGGCGCAGGAGCAGGAGGUCCCGCAACCACCUUGGAUCCGAGGGCAGGAUGCAGCCAAUCUGCCGCUGACACGUGUCGUGCAACGGGACAUCUGGAGGAACCAGUUCCCCGCUGGGGAUUGCACGAACAGACGCCUCCUGGUUGUUGACUGGGCGAAAUCUGGCGUGCAUGGCGUUGGCUCACAGGUGGGCUCUCUUGUGUUUGCUGCGGCGGGGGGGCAGCAUGAUGUCAUGAAGCAUGAUGGCAUGCAGCAUGAUGACAUGCAGCAUGAUGGCAUGCAGCAUGAUGGCAUGCAGCAUGAUGGCAUGCAGCAUGAUGACAUGCAGCAUGAUGGCAUGCAGCAUGAUGGCAUGCAGCAUGAUGGCAUGCAGCAUGAUGGCAUGAAGCAUGAUGGCAUGAAGCAUGAUGGCAUGCAGCAUGAUGGCAUGAAGCAUGAUGGCAUGCAGCAUGAUGGCAUGAAGCAUGAUGACAUGCAGCAUGAUGGCAUGCAGCAUGAUGGCAUGCAGCAUGAUGGCAUGCAGCAUGAUGGCAUGAAGCAUGAUGGCAUGCAGCAUGAUGGCAUGAAGCAUGAUGGCAUGCAGCAUGAUGGCAUGAAGCAUGAUGGCAUGCAGCAUGAUGGCAUGAAGCAUGAUGGCAUGCAGCAUGAUGUCAUGAAGCAUGAUGGCAUGAAGCAUGAUGACAUGCAGCAUGAUGGCAUGCAGCAUGAUGGCAUGCAGCAUGAUGGCAUAAAGCAUGAUGGCAUGCAGCAUGAUGGCAUGAAGCAUGAUGGCAUGCAGCAUGAUGGCAUGAAGCAUGAUGGCAUGCAGCAUGAUGGCAUGAAGCAUGAUGGCAUGCAGCAUGAUGGCAUGAAGCAUGAUGGCAUGAAGCAUGAUGGCAUGCAACAGAUUCUAGCCAUGCGCAACAACCGCACCCUCGUGGAUGAACCCGAGGCCUUUGACCGCGCCCGCACCCCCGCCUGUGAAGCUGUGGGUCGCAAGAACCAAUGGGAGUGCUAUUUUUUCCCCCUCGUCUCGCCUGCAUGCAAGCAAGUCUACCAACAGGCUCGAGAGAAGAGCCGCGACAGCAUCCCCUUUGGGAAGAACAACUAUUCUCAAGUGGCUGCGUGGAAUGAUACGAUUGUGUUUAUUACUCAACCGAACCCUUCAAAGUUUGCCAUGGAAGCUGGCGCUGCAGACCUGUUGGGUGAUGCCUUUUAUAAGGCGCCCUGCACUGUGCAGAUGGAUGGCAAACUCACGAAUCUCACUGAAAAACAGCGCAAGGUGCACUGGUGGCGGGCGCAGGCAGUUCGCUUCCUGCUGCGCUGGCCCUCUGCCUACCUCUGCCACGUCGCCAACAGGGAGAGGCACCGCGCGUUCGGCAUGAUCGCAGCCAAUCACGUUGUGCAGCUCCUGCAGACCCAGUCAAGAGCCCUCUCCUUUCUCUCUCGCAGCACCACUGCUGCUGCCGCUGCUGCUGCUGCUUCUGCUGCAAGCAACGUCAAAGUGAAUGAAAGCGAGUGGCGAGCAAAAACGCGAGCAGCAUUGGAGCAAUUGGCAGCUGCUGCUGGUGCUGCUGCCACAGGGAGUGGCAGGGACGAAGGCAAGGAUACCAGCGGCCUGGUGGGAGUGCAGGAGCCGUACAUGCCGCGGCCGAUAGUGAGCUUGCAUGUAAGGGGUACGGACAAGCAUUUCGAGAUGGCGCUGAGGUCCCUGGACUGGCACAUGUUCCUCAUAAAUCGCCUCCGCCCUCAUGCGCCGGACCUCUGGCACGUGUGGCUCAACACCGAGACACAGGCCAACGUAGAUCAAGAAGUGGAACACACGUCAUGGACAUUCUUUUACUCGGCAAACGCACGGCAGGAGGAGAAGACAGAGACGCUGCGGCAGUACGAGCGUGACCAGUCGGUGGCGCUGAGCUUAGCGAGUGUGCUCAUCGCUGCACAGUGCGAUUAUUUCGCCGGCAGCCUUGGAUCUAAUUGGAGCCGCCUUAUGAACGAGCUGCGCUCCACCAAUGGCCGUCUGACCGCCGGGUUCGUUGCCAAUAAUUUCGAGGAGUGUCUCCUACUCACGCUCGCCUUCUUACUCCACCUCCUCUCCUCGUUGCGCGCAUCACCAUCCCCCCCCAUGCCGUUCCUGGAUUUCACAUUCUCCGAGGCACAUUGUGGCAUCUGGGCAGAUGAGUACUCAGCCCUGCACUCCCGCAUUCGCGACGCUGCCCGCACCCACGCCAGCACCCUCGCUCAGACUGCUGCUGCCGCUGCUGUAGCUGCUGCUGCAGCGAAAGCACCACCAUCGCCACCGUCACCACCACCAUCAUCACCACCAUCACCACCGCCACCAUCACCACCACCACCAUCACCACCACCACCAUCACCACCACCACCACCACCACCACCACCACAACUCCUACCCUCCCCUCUUCCUCCAUCCCCUCCUCUUCCGUCCCCUCCUCCACCACCCCCCCCUCCUCCAUCCCCCCCUCCUCCGUCCUCCCCUCCUCCAUCCCCCCCUUUUCCUCCCCCGCCGCCACCAUCCCCGCCACCCCCUGCCGAAUACCCCCAGCCGCCCAGGGACCCAUCCAUUCGCUUUCUCACAUACGAAUGGCUGGAUCAGCCAGGUGGGUUAGGGGACUAUCUUACAGGCCUGGCGACCACCUUUGUGUGCGCCAUGCUCACACGCCGGGCCUUUAUUGUGAAGCACACUCUCCUGCCGCUCGCAUUCGAGCCGAACCUCAUUGAUUGGUCCUUCUCGCCUGAGAAUAAGCUGGUUGAGCCAGAGGAUUUUUUCGGGCAGCUGGAUAAGGCGAUGAACGUGCGCGUGUCGUGGAACAGAGGGAUGCUUAUUCAUUGGCUCGUGCAGGCGGAGGGCAAGAAGUGGAGUGAGAGGCUCAAGGACAUGGGCAUGCGGCCUCCCUACAGCUUUGGCUGCAUCCUGCGCUAUCUCCUCAAGCCACGGCCAGAGAUUUUGUCCAAAGCUGAAGCCAUCUACCACCACCUCUUCUCCCCUCCUGCCUCCUCCCCUCCCCCCGCCCUCCUCCAAGCCCCACAUCCCCUGAGCGCUGGCCAAUCCGGGUCCCCUGGCUCCUGGCACAAUAGGGUGGUGGUUAUUGGGAUUCACGUGAGAGUGGCGGACAGAUUCGUGUGGGCUGGCAAGAGAGGGUUUGGAGAUCCCAAGGUUCUGAAUGAGACGGAGAAGGCUGAGCUCAUGGCAUUGGCAGACGACUACAUUGCUUGUGCUCAGAAACUCGAGGCGUGGUGGAUGCCCCCUCCCCUCAUAGUCAAAUGGCUAGUCGUUAGCAACUCUCAGGACCUCAAGACAGGUUUAAGACUCAAAUAUCCAGACAAGGUGGUGAUUUCAGACAUCCUCCCAAUGCAUAUCAACAACCUCAUGCUCAAUGAUGCUGCGCCACCAUCUCCGCCCCCUUCACCAGAAGCUGCUCGCGAUAAAGAAGCAGAAAUAUAUACCGGCGUUCUUAUAGAUUGGCUCCUUUUGGCAUCUUCAGAUAUAAAAUCCCGUGGUACUACAGCAUCAAAUGCAGUAGAGGAUGCUUCAAAUUCAGCAGUGGGAGCUUCGGGUUAUACUCGUGCUGGUCUGUAG